UUUGGCUUGUGCGCAGACGCGAGGGCACGAAAACGAUAGACCAAGUUAUAGCAGCUCGGAAGGGCUUGUGAGGACCCCAUCGCUAAAAAUGAAUCCAACUUUAUUGGAAAUAUAAUUCUUGUGGGUUUAAUUCAACCCCAGUCCUGAUAAAAACUCGUUAGAGUAUCUGCAAAGCUCGUAACAAAGACGGAUAAUCUAGUGAUCUUGGGUAGAGGUGUCGCUGGCUGAACUCGCUUGUAAGAUUGGUUUGGAUGAGAGAACUUGGCUCGACCGCUCGUUAGAAUGGAGAAUAACGAGAAUGCAGCGGAAGAGGCGACUAAACGAACUGGUACACGUGUUUUCAAGAAAACUUCUCCUAGCGCCAAAAUUACAACUUAUCUUGGGAAACGGGAUUUUAUUGACCAUGUCAAGCAUAUUGAUCCCAUUGAUGGCGUAGUUCUUGUUGAUCCAGAAUAUGUCAAAGAUGGGAAAAAAGUAUUUGCCCAUGUGCUGGCUGCAUUCAGAUAUGGAAGAGAAGAUCUAGAUGUCCUUGGUCUCACCUUCCGAAAGGAUCUUUUCCUGGCUACUGUCCAAGUUUACCCACCAAAAACGGAUGAUCAGAAAGCUCUGACAAGAUUACAGGAAAGACUACUAAAAAAACUUGGCUCCAAUGCAUACCCUUUCAAAUUUGAGUUGCCACCAGGAUCUCCUUCCUCAGUGACUCUUCAGCCUGCACCCGGUGAUACUGGCAAGCCCUGUGGAGUGGACUAUGAACUUAAAACUUACGUUGCUGAAUCAUUAGAAGAAAAAACACACAAAAGAGACACAGUUAGACUGGCAAUUAGAAAGUUAACAUAUGCAACUGAGCAGCCUCAACCACAGCCGUUUUCUGAGGGAGAGAAAGAUUUUAUGAUGAGCCAACACCCCCUACAUGUAGAAGCCAGCUUAGACAAAGGGCUGUAUUACCAUGGAGAAACUAUAGCUGUUAAUGUUAUUAUUUCUAAUCGUUCAUCAAGGAAUUGUAAAAAAAUUAAAAUUACAGUUCGACAGUUCGCUGAUAUCUGCUUGUUCUCAACUGCUCAAUAUAAAUGUCCAGUAGCGUCUUUGGAGUCGGAAGAUGGCUUCCCGGUGCAUCCAAGUGGCACAUUGACCAAAGUUUAUUGUCUUACGCCGCUCUUGGGCGAGAAUAGGGAUAAGCGAGGUCUGGCCCUUGAUGGGAAACUGAAGCACGAGGACACCAACCUGGCCUCCUCCACAAUACUUGACAGACCCGACAUACCCGACAUCCCGAAGGAGAACUUGGGUAUCAUAGUCCAGUACAAGGUCAAAGUUCGGAUUAUCGUGGCCUAUGGCGGUGAUCUCACGUUAGAGCUACCAUUCAUGCUUUCCCAUCCAAAACCCUGUGAAGACCCCACACCUCCCCCCACACCGGCAAAACAACCAAGUCAGCCUCAAAGCAAUCAAAGUAACAACGAACAGGCUGCUGUGGAUCAUAACUUGAUUGACUUCGAUACCGACGGUCCUGAGCAAGACAACAAUGAUGACCUUAUUUUUGAAGAUUUCGCGCGUUUGCGUCUGAAGGGGAGUGACCACACGGGUUCUGCGGAUGCGUAACAAGGAAAGACCGCUGAUCAGAAAAGGCACAGCUUUCCCAGGGCAUACAUACUUACUUAUGUCGAGUGGGGCCGAGUCUUCUUAGACAUCUCCGAUAAAUAAGCUGAUAAUGCUUUAUCUGUCAUGAAAAAGAUUUUUAGUUUUAGUCUUUUUGUGUAACCUAGUUGAACUCGGUCGUGUUCCCUGGCUGAUGUUUCAACUGUCAAAACAGUUACGUGCCCUCACCUAAACGCUUAAAGUUUGAGAAAUUGAUUUACUAUAAUUUUCAAGAGAGAAAGAGCGAUAUAAUUAUCAAGUUAAUAAUUCAGAGAAAUAGCGAUUUAAUUAUAAAUUAUACUAACCAUUGAACUCCCCUAAAAAAAUUGACACGGGGGCAAAAAUAUAGAUAGCUAAAGCAAUUCAUAUUUUUUUGUUUAUUUUCGUUUUCAAUGCCUCAAUCAAAUAUGCAUGAGUUAUUUGACUGUGCCAAGUACAAUGCCUAAGAAAAGAAUGGGAUCCCUGUGUCGCUCACAUGAAGACGGCUGGUGAAAAUGCUGAGAUAUUUCACACAGGAAGCCCAAACUUUUUUUUGAGUUGUCACAGGCACGCUACCUUGGGCAUCAGUCUCUAUAAAUUCGCUGGUUUGAUUCGCGAAAAAAAAACAAAACAAAGCGAAGUUAGAGGCCAUGGUACAAAGGGUACUGUCACGAUUUUGUCAGCUGUUGUACAUAAUACUAUCAUAAAUAGUUAUGUAGGUGGGUUCUAAGACCCGCCUAGAUGUGUACCGUGCGGCCAUGUCUACUUAAUGUUCAUUUGUUUAGCGCGCGACCUGAUUUUCCCUGACUCAUUCCUAAGCGAGGCCCCUUUUGAACGGUGUCGGUCGAAUUAUCGACCUCUCGAAAAUUCGUACGAUUACUCUUUUCGUUAACGUUGGACCCUUUCUAGCUUGAGGAAAAAAUAGAUGGCUGUGCGAGACCCGCGCGAGAGGUGUGAAAAAUUUGCACGGUGGGUUUCGAAAUCCCUGGUUUCGUGUAAACACCAUUUUCGGUACGAGUUUUUAAGUGGUCGAACAUUUGAUCGGCAUCACUUAAAUGGGGCCUAAGACUCUAUACAUUAGGUGACCUAUAUUUAUCGUAUAGCAACAGAAUUCGAUAUUUUUUUUUUGUAAACCGCGUUAGGUUUUCUGCAUAUUUAAAGGCCAGUUUCUUCAUAACACUGAACAACCUUUCACGACAUGAUAUUUAUGCAUUUGGUGUUGCAAUACUUAACAGUUUAUUUUUAAUAGACUUUAGUGCGACGUAGUGCAAAGGUGGUGCAGCAAUGGGCGGUUUUCCAUAUUUUUAAUGUGAGCCGUCUUGAAUUUUUUUCUUGUUUAACUUGAAUCUGAACAUCCUAGUUGAAAGGACGGCUGUAAACAAACGCCGACCUACCAAAGCCUCGCUUUCGCGCUCAAAUUUCACAGGACCCCCACUUUCUAAAAAAGAAAACAGCCGAAACACGACACAACACCAGCUAAAGCAUACGCUCGCAUUUUCUUGAAUCUACAACACUGAAGAAAGCUAAAGCUUGUCAUGCCGAUAGAAAUGAUCUUAGUUCUGUGGGACCACGUAAGGCCAUAUACUGUACUAAAGUACUUCUUAAUUAGCUUAAGCCUAGUUUAGACCCAGUUCGUUUCAUGUGCCAUCCCAAAUGUAAAUGGUGCAAAUGAAGAUGAAACAAUCCACUUUGUUCAUUUGCAAGUAUUUGCAUUCGUAAAUGUACAUGCUAAGAACUGGCCUGUAUUUGAUUGGCUCUAUAAAAAAAUCUAAUCUGAAUUGUUUUUGUUUGUUAGCUUAUAUAGGUGUUAAUUAACGGUGUUAAUUAAUUAACUAGGUUAAUUUAGGUUUUUUUUUUUCAUUUCAUACUGGGGCGUACAUCACAUGAAUACCAGAACAACACAGUCGUUUCCUUGGGUCGAAAAAUCUAAAAUCCUUUUGAACUAGCGAUUUAUAUAUAUCAUUUAUCAUUGGCAUAAAAAAUUGACAUUGAUAAGUCUGUGAAUUAUUAACUAUACGUUGUAAAAUCGCCACUAAAAUAGAAUAUUAUCAGACGCGUACUCAGGAUUUGCUAAGGUGGGGAGGGGGAUGCACAGUCAUAGGAAUCAUAUGGAAAAUCAUAGUAUUUGAAGAUUCCUUGACUCACUUUUUGGCCUACAAGGGGGAAUGCGCACCUCCCUGUGUACGCGCCUUGAUAAUUUUAGCAACAACUAGAGCAAAUUUCAUCUAUGUAAAACCACAAUUUUAACUAAAAUGUGAGAUUAAAUGUUAAUAUGACCCAUA